AUGCCCCUGAGUAGCAGGUGAUGUAUCUCAAAUCCCUGCCUGUUUUCAAAUACAGGAGCACCUGUACUUCCUUCACCACAUCUGUCGACUUCUCUUACAUCUCCAUUUUCUUCCUCUGUCAGCAGUUGGCAACUAGAUGAGUGGGAGAUGAAUUGCAUUCACCUCCCUCCCUCGUUGUUUUAUGAUGCCAGUUAGAUGGAAUAGCUCCAGCAGCCACACUCGAUAAGCUAAAGGCCUCUAACGUCUGCAGUUCAUUGAACCCAUAUGGAUAAGAACAGCUGGAAAGAUAGGUUUCCUACCUGAGGCCAAUGUUUGUGUUGCCAACCGCGACUCCAGUGAGCUGACCCUUGUAUAAUUCAUUGCAGUUGAGGAAAUGUUGCUCACUCUGUUCUGUUUUGUGAUGGAUGGCAUUACUUAAAACUGAUUGUCUUUUAAAGCAGUGGUGACUUUUCACGGCUGACGGAUGUGAACAGGCGGGUUAGACAAUAAAUAUUUCCAUGUUCCAAAGAAAGAGCUGCCAUUUCCCACUGGAUUGUUGAGUUGUGGCGGACACAGGGCUGGAACAGAUGACAAAGGCUUUGAUUUUAAAUGAGUCACACCUCUGUGUGGAUUUUGACUUGCUACAUCAUGGUCUUCUUCAUCACUCCUGAUUAUUUGUUUUAUUUACAUCCCACCCUCCCUCCACAAUGGAACUGACAAUGGCACACUGUGCCCACCCCCUGCUUCUCAGAGGGUCUUCCGUCCAGGUACCAACCAGACUCAGAUCUAUUUGAGCUGGACCAGGGGAGGCGAACCUGUGGCCCUCCAGGUGUUGCUGGACCACUACUCCAAUCACCCCAGCCACUGGCCAUAUGACCAUCCCAAACCCACCAUCUAAUGGGAUCUGGAGCCCAUAGAUUCCUCAUUCCUAAUGCAGACCUUGCCCUUGGAUAACCCCUGAAAAUAUGGGUUGUUAUGAAACUAGAAGUGACAUGGGGACUGGAGCAUCUUCUCUGAUGUCAAGGCAGGCAAAACGAAAGUCUUAGUUACCCAUUUUUUAGCUAAACUAUGGAAUAUACUAUCACAGUAUAUUGUGAUUGAUACCAUAUCGGGCAGUUUUAAAAUGGGGAUUGACCAACUCAUGUAGAAUAAGGCUAUCAGUGGGUCGUGGCAGACCUAAUGACUGUGCACUAUCUCUAGUAUCAUAGGUAGUAUGUAUCAGGGCUCAUUCACACUUCUGUUUCGUCUGUGACUUCCAGGCAUGGGUCCAAGAGGUUCUUCUUUAGUCCCAUUGCUUUCCCUGGGAAAACCAGCUGUUUACUCUUGAUUCGGAAAAAAACAAGUGUUUUUCUCAGGUUGUUGUUUGUGGAUUUCCCUGUAGAAAAUGCUGGGACAAAUUAAAAACCUCUUGGACCCAUGCCUAAAAGUCAUAGACUAAAUGGAAGAAAUUGUGGGACAAUGGGAAAUGUGGACGAUCAGUUUUGGGGGAACAGGUGGGGAGAGGAGCAGUAAUGCCUUGGUUGUGGGCUUUUUGUAGGCAUCUGCUUGGUCACUGUGAGAACAGGAUGCUGGACUGGAUGGACCUUUGAAGCCAGCUCUUCUUACGCUCCCAUGGACUAUAGCAUCUCCCAUGAGUGAUUUAGGACUUAUGCCAAGUCUGGCCAUUGGUCCAUCUGGUUUAGGGUUGCACCUGGAUGCCAGUUGCUGGAGAUCAUGAAUUGGAAGAGCACCGUUGUACUCAGGUCCUGCUUGCAAGCUUCUGAUAGGCAUCUGGUUGAUUACUAUGAGAGCAGGAUGCUGGACAAGAAGGGCCUUUGUCCUGAUCCAGCUGUGCUCUUCUGAUGUUCUCUGGUUCUACAGAGGAAGGCAACAAGUCUAGGGCCUUUAUUCAAGGGGGAGAAACCGAACAGAGCUAGACUGAAGAGAAAGAACAUACAGAAGCUGAUGGAUUGGUUGACUACUAUAAUUUCUAUUCCGCUGAGCUAUGCCUCUACUUCACAGGAGGCAUGUGGCCUGGUGACAAGGUCUGUUGAAUACAUGUAGGUGAAGUCAGCACCAGUGGACACAAUCCCAACCCCUUCUACACAUCAGGCUGCUUAAAGCAAAGCCUCCUUUUGCUCAGCCAAUGGCAGGGACUUCCCUAUAUGCUAAUGCACCCAAUCUGAGUGCAGAUUUUGGCAGUUUCCUGGGUGAAUAUUUAGGGUUUUUGCACUGACUAAGCUCCAUAAAGCAGCAGAAAGCCAGCAAUAAUCCAAGGAAAUGAGGGAUACAGGGUAGGCAUUGAUUUUGUGUCACAAUAAGGUAGGUAGAAAGAUCUCAGUGCCGAAUAAUGUUCCCAGGGCACUUUCCCUCCACGACCAGCUGAAGCGGAAGAGCACGAUAUAUUUAAUGAUCUGUACAACACGGCCUCCUCAAGGUCAAUCAUACAUACUUAACCUUUAGGCUUUCCACAUUGUCUUGCUUGUCCAGCUGGUUUAUGGAGUGCAUGUUAACUUGAUUGGGGAUUUAAGGCAGUGAUGGUGAUCUCUGAGACAUUUUCUGUUGCUGUUGAGCAGAAAUUUUGGAGAAAUCCAAUGUAGGCUUCUCCAAAACCACUUGCAGUAACAAUUAUUAAAAUUGAAUUGACACUAUUCACAGCUUUUUUUGGAAAACAUUUUUUGUGGGGGGGGGAGUUGAAAAAAUAUCCUUCCUUCCUUCCUUCCUUCCUUCCUUCCUUCCUUCCUUCCUUCCUUCCUUUUCAAUCACUCCCAGUUGAUCUCACUUAGCAUCCAUGACAGCAUAUUGUAGCUAAAUGUAAUAUUCUGCCUAGCAUUGUGACAUCAUUCUAAUUGCAGCAUAACCUCUGUUUGGGCAGAAUCAUAGGAAGAGGGAUGUAGAAGCACCAGCACCAGAGAGCAGCAUCACUGGAGAACCAGCUGUCUGAGGUGGGCAGGAAUCAUUCCACACCAUCUUCUAAGAGUGAGUAUUCACACAACCUAAGUGCUUAUCUGGGGGUGGGGGUGGGGAAUUGCUCUCACCAAAAUUGCUAGUUUCUACCCAACAAUCAAAACUGGAAAAUAUUCACUAUAGCUCUAAUGUUUCUUACUUUUUAAAGAACUGGCCUAGUUUGAGAAAUUUGUGGGGAGGGGGGUGUUAAUGGAAUAAGAAAAAAGUUGUUCAUUUUUAAUCUCUCUGGUUAAGUUAGAAUCUUAUUGUGAAUGUGAAUAAUACUUUUAUGGGUUCACCCAAAAUAGUGGAAGCCUUCACAGAAGUGGCUUGCUGCAUUCUUUCCCCCUCCCCAAAUAGAGAACUUCACAUUCAUCUCUUCUGAGUUUCACUUAAUUGGGUUCAGGGCAGUAUCCCACUCUAUCAAGGUCGUUUUAGAUUUUGUUCCUGUCUUCUGAAGUGCUAAUUCUCCCUCCUAGUUUUGCGUCAUUGGCAUAUUCCUCCUGAUUCUUCAGAAUGUUGAAGAGUACCAGGCAAACUACCCACCUAUCCCAGAUGGCACAAACCAAAGACCCAUCUAGUUCAGCAUCCUGUGACAUACAGUGAACAGCCAUAUGCCUCCCUGAAGCCCACAUGUAAAGCCUGAAAGCAACAGCUCUCCUUUGUUCCGCAGCAAUUGGUAUUGCAUGGUAGACUGCCUCUGAACAAGGAGAUACCAUACAGUCCAGCCAAGAAGCUGCUGAGAAGCCAAGUCAGAAGUAAUGUGGUUUGUGACUUCUCCAAAGCUGGUUGCUUGCAGUACCACCCUCUGGCCACUAUCUACGGUUAGGUGGCCCAGGAAGUAAUAAAUUUGUAUAUGGGUUCUAAAACCCAAGAUUUUGACCCCCAAGAGUUUGGGUGGCAUCCUUACAAAUCUUCUGGUUCUAGCUUUCAAGUACAGGCAGAAGGAGUAAUGGGGAAGGUUUUAAGAAACAUGAUGAAAGGAUUCUCUCUGCUUGGAGUUGAUUCUUUUAAAGUCUAUCUCAGCCAGCUGCCUCCAGUAAAUUGAUUGCCUCCAUAAUUAAAAGUAUAAAUGUCCCCAACAAAAUACAUCCUAUUAUAAGAGUUUUCUUUCUCUCUCUUUUUUUAGGGAAAAAAAAUAAUUUAUUCACAUUCGAUAUGGUCUGUAAAUGCCACCAUUAGAUGCUUUCCUCCAGCCUUUGAUUAGCUAUGGAUUAAUAAAACUUUUAUACCUUCUUUGUCAGCCUCAUUUUGAACUCCUGUUUUUGCAUAUGGCUUCUAUUAAAUAAAUGAAUUAGUGUCUAGAAAUGUGUCAUGCAUAUUACCUAGCAGCAGGCAGCGUAAUACACUGGUCAGCUCCCUGGGAGCACGAUAAAUCUGAACAGGCUCACUAACCUGAACACGCGGACCCAUUAAGAGCUCCAUGAUUUACUGGAGCAGCAUUUGUGCUUAACAAUGGAAUUUUAGCUAAUUCAAAACAAUGUAAAUCAUCUCCAAUUACAGUAUUUGAAUAUUCACGGGAGCUACACAAGGACUAUGGAGCAUUGUGGGAGGGGGAGAGGGAGGGGGAGGGAGGAGAGGGGGAAAUAGUGGAAAGGUUGCCUGGAGUUUAGCAUUCAGGUAGGUAGAGGUAGCCCUGGCUUUAAAAGUUAGAAUACUGGCUUUCAAGCCACCAGGGAACACUUUCCACAUCAGUCUGUCUGCCAUGCAACCCUGUUAUAUUACAAAAGGUUCUGGAGCACAUCAUUCAGCUGGGGUGGGAAUCCCCUUGCAGCCGAAGGGACAGACAGCCCUUGGAGCAAUCAUCUGGAGAUUGCAUGGCAGUGCUGGCUGGGGUCAGAACUAAAAGCGUUCUUGCCCAGGUUGUUGUUGUUGUUAAAUAAUGAUAUGCUUUAUUAAUCCAUAGCUAAUCAAAGGCUGGCAGAAGUCUAAUGAUGGCAUUUUUGUGAAUUUUGUAAGAGUAUCUUACUAAUAGGAUGUAUUCAGUUUGGAAUAUUUAGUGAGCAAAGGGGAUAUAUAAUAAAGGUACAGUGGUACUUUGGUUUAUGAACUUAAUCCGUUCCGGAAGUCCUUUCUUAAAAUGAGGCGUGCUUUCCCUAAUGAGGCCUCCCGCUGCCGGUGCUCUUCCACUGUUCGGAUUCCGUUCUUAGACCGAGGUAAAGUUCGCAAACCGGAACACUACCGGUUUUGCAGAGUUCAUAAACCGAAUAGUUCAUAAACAGGGCUGUUCUUAAACCAAGGUACCAUUGUACAUAAAAUUAAACAUGGUUUGGAGAAAGCAGACAGAGAGGCGAUUUUCAUUUCUUCUCACAUAGCACUGGGAUCUGGUGGGGUCAUCACAUGAAGUCGAAGAAAUUCAGUUCAGACAAAAGGCAGUGCAUCUUCAGUGCUUCAUUGUUAGAAAUAUGGAAUUCACUACCAGAAAAGGUAGCGAUGGUCACCAGCUAGGAUGGCGUUAAAGCAGGAUUAGACAAAUUCACAGAGAAAAAGGCUGUCAAUGGCAACUAGCUGUGUAUUACCUCCACUGUCAGAGGCAGAACACCUCAGAAUGUUGGCUUCUGGGAUUCCCAAUUGGGAAGAGCCCUCAUGUCUCACUUGUGGGCUUCCCAUACACCAGGGUUGGGGAAUCUGUGGUGCUCCAGAUGUUGCUGGACCAAGAUCAAUGGCCAUGCUAGCUGGGGAUGCCACUACCAGAGUCAUCUGUUGGUCACAGUGAGGACAAGAUGGGCUGGGGUUUUGUGGGGCUCUUCAUAAGUUCUUCUGCUAACACCUCUCUCUCUCUCUCUCUCUCUCUCUCUCUCUCUCUCUCUCUCUCUCUGUGUGUGUGUGUCCUAGGCAGUAACACCAGGCCAGUAAAACAUUCCUGUGACAGCUUUCAAGCAAGCAUGUUUUUGCCUCAGUUCAGUCACAGCAUGAAGUGGAGGCAAACACCACCGCAGUUUAAUGCAUAUUUACAAGGAAACCCCCUCUCCUGUGCUGGGUAA